CACAACCAGCGUACACCGCUAGACGCCCAUAGACGCAUGAUACAGUGUAUAAACCCCAUCGUAUACAGAAACGGCUGGCUAGCUGGCUGCCUUGCGGGGCCCACGCGCAGCCCCGGGCGGACGGACCCCAUCGGUCUACUCUACUGCCUCCCCCCUUCGUCACUGCGGCCUCAGUUUUAGUCCUCUCUCCCCGCGGACUCCUCCUCCCUCCGCUCCUCCGGCGAUACGCGUACGUUACCGGCCAUUUCAUCGCGCGGCGCACCUCAGCAUAGAUAUCCUCCGCCGCUUCGCCCCGCAUUAAUGCUUGGGCUGCGCCCCGUCGUCCCGUUCCUGGGGUUCCCCCUAUAAGUCCCAGCCCCUCCCCCAGUUCUCCCCUCGCUUCGUCCUGUGUCCUUCGCCUUCCUUCCCCCAAAACCCGCCGCAUUUCCUGUGGGCUGGUAGGUAGGCGUGUUGCGGGGGUUGCCUCCGGUGAUCGGCGCCGGGGGGGCCAGCCAUGGGGCAGUGCUACGCGAAGAACGUACACGUCGAUGGGGAUGGGGGCGAGGGUGGCGGUGGCGUUGGCAGUGGGGUGACGACCACCAUCUCGGUGUCCGCCGCCGCCGCCGGGCACGAGGCGGCGGCGGUUGUGGGGGAGAGUGCGGGAGGAGGUGGGAGGCGGAGCAGCAGGCCGUCGCCGGCGGGGACGCCGCGGAGGGGGAGGUCCGGGGCGACCCCGGCGAGGACUUCGGUGGCGGGGAGCCCCUGGGCGGCCAGCCCGCUCCCCGAGGGCAUCGCGCCGUCCCCCGCGACGUCCGCGUCCACGCCCAGGCGCUUCUUCCGGCGCCCCUUCCCUCCGCCGUCCCCGGCCAAGCACAUCAAGGCGUCCCUGGCGCGCCGCCUCGGCCACCGCUCCCCGGCGUCUUCCGCGGCGCAGUCGCAGGCGCAGGCGGCCAGGCCGCAGGUCGCGAUCCCGGAGCACGCGGGCGGCAGCGGCGGCGGCGGAGAGGUGGAGAGGGAGCUCGACAAGAGCUUCGGCUACGACCGCCACUUCGCCGCCAAGUACGAGCUGGGAAAGGAGGUGGGUCGCGGCCACUUCGGCCACACCUGUCUCGCGCGUGCCCGCAAGGGGGACAUGAAAGGCCAAGUCCUCGCUGUCAAGGUCAUCUCCAAAGCCAAGAUGACAACUGCAAUAUCUAUCGAGGAUGUACGUAGAGAGGUCAAAAUUCUGAAGGCUUUGUCAGGGCACUCCAAUCUUGUAAAAUUUUAUGAUGCAUGUGAGGAUGCUCUUAAUGUCUACAUUAUAAUGGAGUUGUGUGAAGGGGGAGAGCUAUUGGACAGAAUUUUGUCCAGAGGCGGGAGGUACACUGAAGUCGAUGCCAAAGUUAUUAUUGGGCAGAUAUUAAGUGUAGUUGCUUUCUGCCAUCUUCAGGGUGUUGUGCACCGAGAUUUGAAGCCAGAGAAUUUCCUCUUCAGCACUCGUGAGGAACACUCGCCUAUGAAGAUCAUCGAUUUUGGGCUCUCAGAUUUUAUAAGGCCAGGUAGCGCAUACUAUGUUGCUCCAGAAGUCCUGCAUCGGUCAUACAGCACAGAAGCAGACAUGUGGAGCAUCGGCGUUAUAAUUUAUAUCUUGCUGUGUGGUAGCAGGCCAUUCUGGGCACGAACUGAGUCAGGAAUUUUCCGCUCAGUGCUGAGGGCUGAUCCGAAUUUUGAUGAUUCACCAUGGGCAUCAAUAUCCCCUGAAGCUAAAGACUUUGUCAAAAGACUUCUUAAUAAGGACUAUAGGAAAAGAAUGACUGCUGCACAAGCACUCUCUCACCCCUGGUUGCGACAUGAGUGCCGCCCAAUCCCUCUGGAUAUCUUGGUUUUCAGGUUGGUUAAGGCAUAUCUCCGUUCUACGCCUUUCAAACGGGCAGCAUUGAAGGCUCUGUCUAGAGCAAUAUCAGAAGAUGAGCUUACCUACAUCAGAGCGCAGUUCAACUUGUUAGAACCUAGAGAUGGCCGAAUAUGUAUUGAGAACUUCAGGAUAGCUCUUCUAAAGAACUCUACUGAGGCUAUGACAGAAUCUAAAGUUCCUGAGAUCUUGCUUUCGUUGGAGCCGCUUGCAUAUAGGCAAAUGGACUUUGCGGAGUUCUGUACGGCGACAGUCAGCCCUUACCAACUGGAGGCUUCACCAAGGUGGGAAGAAAUCGCGAACACCGCGUUUGAGUGCUUCGAGCAGGAAGGCAAUCGUGUCAUCACAAUCGAGGAGCUGGCUCUGGAAAUGAAUCUUACUUGCUCGGCGUUUUCUAUCGUCCGCGACUGGAUUAGACCGUCAGAUGGAAAGCUUAGCUUUGUGGGCUACACCAAAUUUUUGCAUGGGUUGACUAUGCGCAGCAGCAAUGCGAGGCGGCAGCAGCAGUGAUCUGCUUCGCCUCGGUUGCUUAGGUUGCUUCAAUCAAUUGCUUUCAUUGGUGGGGAGUUGGAUGGAUGGUGUUUUCUCCCUCUCUUUUCUUUUUGGUGGCUUAGCUUUUGUAGAGAGAGAAAAGAAAGAAACAGAAAAUGUAAGUUCAUAAUGGAGUUUUAGAAGCAAAGAUGUGGUUUUACCUCUGUUUUAGCACAUCCUGUUGCUGUUACAUCAUUCUUAAUCUGUCAUAUACAUGGGCACUGUACAGUGGCCCAUACAUGAUUUGCUAA